UUGUGUUGUUCUACAAGUCAAUGUUGCUCUUCUCACAAAACUGACAAAUUUGUGACGUCAUCAAUUCGAUCGAUUCUAUUGGUUUUAAAGAAGGAAAUAACUGAAAAUAACAAGUGAGUGAAUUGAUUUUUGUGGAAAAAAUAUAGGUUUUUUUUAGUAGAUUUUGAGCCAAAAUAAUAUCAUUUUUGUGAGUGCCAAAUUAGAAAAAUAUAAGAUUUUAUAUGGUUAUAUAAUUAAUUAAAUUCAAAAGGUUCGAUUUGAAUUAAUUUGUUUGAGGCUCAAAAUUUACUAAAAAUUACUUUUUUCUCAAAGUUAUCUUUAAAUAUUUUGUAGAUUACAAUUAAUCGAAGGUCGUGCUGCUUGGUCACAUGAAAAUCGAUAUUUAUCAGAAAGUGUGGAAACGACAUUGGUUAGGUACGGUUUUGCAGGGGAGAAAUUGAGAUUUUUUGCUAGCAAUGUUCAGUAAAACCUUGUGAGAGUCUCAAAAACAGAAAUUGUUCAUUAAAAGAUCCUAAAGUCUUUAAAAAUUAUCAGGAAAGCCUGAACAGUUUAAAAUUUUAUAAUUUUUCAUGAGAAUUUGAGUUUUCUAGAUUAAAAUUGAUGAAAUUUCGAAUUUUUAACUCCAAAUCUCAUUUUCUCUCCUAAAAAUGCUCAUUUUUUGCAGGUUACGGUUGCUCAACGGGAAAACCAUCGGAAAACAAUUUGUAUGCAAAUAUUUCGACGGCUUUUGAAACGCUAAAAAAGGAUUACAGUGAGUUUUUUGAGGGGAAACGCUGAAAAUUCACAAAAAUGACUGGAAAGUUUGAAUUUCCCUUCAAAAAAUCAAGAAAUUUACAGAAAUUUUGUUUGAAAAUAACUAAAAAUGAUGAAAACUUUUUUUUGAGCAAAAAUUCAUUUUUGGCUGAAAUUUAGUUAGAAAUUUCACAAUUUAUGAGAAAAAUUCCAAAUUUUUGGUCAAAAUCAAAUAUUUCUAAAUAAUUUUCAAUGUUUUGAUUCAAUAACUCCCCAUUUUUUGCAGAUGUUCCAGCAGAUCGUGUAAUUUUAUAUGGACAAUCAAUUGGAACAGUUCCAAGUGUUGAUUUGGCCAGCAGAAAACACGUGGCAGCUUUGAUUUUACAUUCACCAUUGAUAAGUGGAAUGAGAGUUGCAUUUCCUGGAACACAGACUAUCUGGUCAGUUAUUUUUGAGCGGCAAAAACUGAAAAUUUUGAAUGAAGAGACUUUUCAACCAAAAAGCAAUAUUAAUAUUUAAAAUAACUUCAUCAAAACAUUUUUAUUUUUGUUGAAAAAUUUAUAAGGGAACCAUUUCAAACGAGUUUUGAGCUCAAAUUUUUGAACAUAUAAAAUCUCCUGCUAUAAAAUUUUGAUAAAAAUGCUUGUCUAUAUUUUUAUUACGACGGGAAAUUCCACGAUUUUUCAUACCAAAUAAGGUUUGAAGUCGGGAAUUACAGUAUCCCUUGCAGUCCAGGUGAUCUUUAUACUUUUCAGCCCGGAAUACAGUAUUCAAGAAUUACUGUACCUCGAACUGCAAGAGAUACUGUAGCUUCAAUUUCAGAAUUUUUUAUCGGACUGCCAAACCGACAGUACCCUAAAAUUAUCUAAAACUUUCAAAAAAAAUUUGAAAAUUUGCAGUCCAAGCCCCAAAAAAACCUUACCCAGCAACAUCUGGUGAUAAAAAUGAUUAGAACAAUUUCGAGCUCAAAACUCGACUGUAGUUUGAAAAAGGUUUUCUUGUAAAAAUUCGAUAUGAACUCAGAUCUGAAGCCAAAAAUUUGAUGAAAAAUUCUGUUCAAAAGAUUUUUUCCACAAAAUUCGGAUUUUCAGUGAAAAAUCAAUAAUUGCAGAUUUUUAUUAGAAAUUUUAUUCUCAAAAUUGAGGCUGAAAAUGUGUUUAAAAAAAAUAAUAUUUAGUUUCAAAAUAUUCGAUUUUUGCUAGAAAAUAAGAAUUUAAAAAAAAACUGAGAAAAAUUGAUAUUUUCGAUGAGCCGAUGUUUGAUUAGAAAUUGAUAGUUAGUUCUUGUUCAGUUUCAAUAAAAUUUCUAACAAAAAAUCAAAAAUUAGCGAUUUAUCACUGAGAAUAAGAGUUUUGUGGCAAAAAUCUUUUUCAUCAAGUCUUUGGGUUCAUAUAAGAAAAUAUCGAAUUUCAGCUGAAAUUUUGGAAUUUCUGAGUUUUUCAACAUUUUUUUUUGAGAUUUAAAAUCAUCAAAUUAUUGAUUUUCUUUUCAAAAAUUCCCUAUUUUCCAAAUAAUUUCCACCAUUUUUUGUAGGUGUUGUGAUGCAUUUCAAUCAAUCGAAAAAGUGCCACGUGUCAAAUGUCCAACUCUAGUAAUUCAUGGAACCGACGACGAGGUUAUCGAUUUUUUGCACGGUGUUUCGAUUUAUGAACGAUGUCCCGCCUCGGUUGAAUCACUUUGGGUUCUAGAUAUGCUGCAAUUUUGA